UGAGACUGUCACCAGUAUCUCCCUUGAAGAAGGGAAGACAGAGGCAAAGAGAAGGUUCUGCGCGGAGGUGGUACGAGAUGCCAGAGACGCCCGGUGAGAGUGUUAGAUGUGAGCAAGCUCAACCACAAUGUGACAACAAGAUUAAACAGCUAGAGGAGCAACACCAUCCUCUUCCUCCUCCUCAGACCAAUGAUGCCUCAGGAAGUCAAUGUUGCAGCAGUAUGGAAGGCAUUAGGCAGAAGCAGCAGAGACCAUCAGUGCUCUGCCAGGUGUCUCAAACAGCUUCCAGACGACAACACACGCAUCCAAAAAGCAGUGCACCUGUCUCCAUUUGCAAGGAAGAGGUAGAUGCUAGCUGUCUUCCUGAGUCAUCUUCAUCACACAUAGGCUUCUCUCCCAGGCAAAAUCAUCACUUCCUCCCUUUAAGGAGACACAGUCCAAAGCAGAGCUCCACUGAGGCCACGCCUAAUGAUGGCAUUCCUGAGGGGACCAGUGCUCUAUUUGUGAGUGGCCUCUGCCGCUGGCCUGGCUGUGAUGUGGUAUCUGAAGAUUUCCCUAGUUUCUUAAAGCAUCUCCAUUCUGAACACAGUUAUGGUGACAGAAGCAUUGCUCAGUGGAAGGUCCAGCAAGAUAAUGUUCAGUGCAUGGAGAGUCAGCUCAUCUUGGAAAAACAGAAACUCAUUGCGAUGCAGCUUCAUCUGCACCUCUCUGAACACAAGUACACUGAUUUGCAAAUGAAAGUAUGUGUUCAUAUCCACCUCCAUCAUUGCAUACUGAAGGCAGCCUCUGAGUGGCCGUACAGCCUUCCUCUGUUCCUGCCCCAGCCUCAGGUAACAGAUGGAGACAGAGUGCAACAAUGGGGCAUAAAACAUCUAGAGGAGUUUUACCAGCAUGGCUACAGAGCUGCGGGUUCUGCUCACCUUUGUCCAGAUAUGGUCCCCAGUAUUGAAUGUUACAAAUACAACAACAUCAGGCCUCCGUACACCUACGCCUACCUGAUAAGAUGGUCUAUCCUGGAGUCUCCGGACAAACAGCGCACUCUGAAUGAGAUUUACAACUGGUUCACUACCAUGUUCUUCUACUUCAGACACAACACUGCUACCUGGAAGAAUGCAGUGCGGCACAACCUCAGUCUUCACAAGUGCUUUGUGCGAGUGGAGGGAGGGAAAGGAGCUGUGUGGACAGUGGAUGAAACAGAGUACCAGAGGAGGAAGGGCCAGAAGUAUCACAGGGACUGUCCUGUGAAGUGGCUCACAUCCUACCCCCAUUACUGUCCAGAGGACCCCUGAACACCAGCAGAGUCAAUGAGCUGGAGUUACAUUCUCAUGUAGUGAUAAUACAGAGUGUUAAAUUGGAUUUAUUUUAAAAGACAUUUUAAACAUGGCUAUAUAUAAGGCAAAUGUUUUUGUAUUCAAUUAUUUCUAAUGCCAAAAGAAGUGUUGGAAAAUAAAUGAAGUCAACA